UAUUAAAAGAAAGAAAUGAUUGAUCAACAACAACAGCAUCUAUUACUCCAUCACCACAACAAUAAUCACCUUCCCCAACAUUGUCAUCAAUGGAUCCCUCCAUUGGGUAAUUCAUUGUUACACAACAAUCAAAAAGAAAUGAGAAAAAGCGCAACAACAAUUACAAAAGAAACUAGUUCACCGUAUAUUGUUGCUGAAUUUAUUCCUCCUAGAAUGGAUACAGAAAAUGAAGAAAACGGGAAGAAAUCAGAGGAGGGGUUAGAGAACAAGAGGAAAUUGGUGGAGGGAAUUGAAGGUAGGGGAAAGCUUUUUUUCUGACAGUAGAACCUUUUAAAAGUUUUGCAACACAA